CACAUUAAGCCUGAUUAGCCGAAGAAUUAGGCCUAAUUUUGUGAUAUGAUUUUCGUGAUGUGUUUUAUGCUUAUGCAUUGCAAUUAUUUAUGAAAUUGUAUUUUAUUACGAAAGUAAAUCAUGUGAAUUGUUUUUCCAUUCACUAGCUCAAUGAGUCGAAAACGUGAAGUAAACGAAGCUGCUUCGCCAGUAUUAGUCCUAUUGAACGAUGAUGAAGAUGAUAACGAAGACGUGAAAGAUGUUCCGAAGUUCAUUUUCAUCGAUUCUUCAGAGUUCACCAUCGGCAGAGCUCUAGACUCGAAUUUCAUACUGAUGCAAAAGAGCAUAUCAUGGCGACAUUGCAGCUUCCAUUUCAAUUCAAAACUAAACAAAUGGACGAUCUCGUCUCACAUCGAAAUUCCACAAGUGAUCUCAGUUCAAGGAAAGUAUCUUGAAAAUGGAGUACCUACCAUUUUAGAAUGUGGACAUGUGAUUUUCAUGACACCAUUUAUUGAAUUCGGUUUCAAAUGUUCGUCCGAUGAACACGAAUGCUGUGCAGGGUUCAAUAAGAAAACAAAACUUUCCAACGAUGGCAUAAAGGAAGAACCAACUGAAAUAUUCUUUCCUGAAAACGAAGAGCCCGAUUCUACAGAUUUUUACGCUAAUCCCGAACCGUCGUGCAGUAAAGAUGUUACAUUAGAAGAGCCAUCCUGUAGUUCUAUGAAUUCUGUCGAUCUCAUGUGUGAAAAUGAAAAGUACAAAGAAGAAAUUCGCAAAUACAAAGAAAAUAUGAGUUGGCAAGAAUCGAAGAUCAAAUUCCUAGAAUUGAAGGUUAAAGAAAAAGAGAAACGGGAAAUAGAACUGGAAACAGUGAAAGAAGAAACCGAAAUGUUGGAAAAACAGAACGCUGACUUGAAAAAAAAUUUGGCUACUUUGGAAAUUCUUGAGCUGGAAUAUAAAAACAUGAUAGCUAGAUUUAAAUAUCGCGAAGAAGAUACCAGAGAAAAAGAUGGUCUUCAAGCGAAAAUUACUGCGAUGGAAGAUGAAUUGGAAGGGCUCAAGAAUGAUAAUGCGCAGUUAUUGAGCGAUAUUUGUAAAACUGUGGACGAUCUUACUAAAAUGACUGAGAAAUGCACCGAAUUGGACGAAAAAAUGAAAGAAAAAAUCGUCAUUUCAGUCGGAAAUUCUACGAAUGGAAUGAACAAUGUGUCAACGACGUCCUGCACGGUGCCAUUCCAGAUACUACGGAAUCUGUUCAAGUCAACACCUAUUACCUCUGAAGAAGGUAUCGUAUUACGAAAGCUAACCGUGAAUCAUGGCGCAAUUCACGCUGUAUUUGCGUGCUUGGCGAAGUAUACGCAUCAUGAAUCAAUCCGUCCUUCUCCUACCAAUAAUUCUGGUAACCAAACUGCAAACCCUGGAAAUCAAAUGAUGAACUCUGGAAAUCAAAUGAUGAAUUCGGGAAAUCAAAUGAUGAACUCGGGAAAUCAAGUGAUGGCGAACUCUGUAAACCUAAUGAUGGCGAACUCAAUUAAUCUAAUGAUGCCAAGUCAAUUUGUGGCCCACGGAGUGGGCAACGGAAAUAUAUUAAUGCCACCCGGUGUGGGUUUGUUUGGUGUUGGUCCGCGAAAAGCUAAACCAAAAUAUACGGCGGCCAAGUCGUACCAGUGCUGGGCCAAAGGCACUGGUUAUGCGAGUGGAGAUACAACUCCUACAUGGAAUGUUGGACAAACACUAAACCAACGACAAAUUGAAGAGGAAUACGUAACCAUUCUUCUACAGAUCCUGUCGAGUUAUAUCAACCCCGAUUAUAAACUACAGAAUCGCCCAUAUGCGAUUCUAGAAGAAACGGAAAAUUUUAAUCAAGACCAAGAGUCUUCCGCCAACAAACCCCAAUUACCCACUUUAUUCAUAGAAUUAGUGGAGAGUUCGUGCCUUCUACCCGUAUUAGCGUCAUAUCUAAGAAAUGACUCCGUUCUUGAUAUGGCUCGUCAUAUUCCCCUGUAUAGAGCUAUUCUCGCUCUGCUUAGGGUAAUGGCUUUCAAUUCGGAACUUGUAAAAUUUUUAUUGCCGCCCGAUGAUCCUUCCAGUUCCGAGACAACGAUCUCUAUAAUUGAUUUGUUGCGCAAUAUCGAAACGUGUGUUGAUACGUAUUCAUCCACGUUGAUGAAAAAUAGAAUAGCCUCAUCAAAUGCAGACAAAGAUCUGAAUGAUUUUAUCACUGAUGUCCGAACAACGGCCAGAAUCGUGGAGAUUAUGACGCAGAAAUUAAUCUCUGAAAUGAAUCCGCUGGGCGGAACACCGUUGCCUCAGACUGCUUCGACUCCUGCUUCGAUCGAGGAAGUAUAUUUACGUGUCAUGAAGAAACUUCAAUUUGGCACGUACGACAUGAUAUCCGAAGAAUCGAAUAAUCUCGGGUAUAAGUUCAUGGUAUCGUACCAUUAUGAACGUAAUGCUCGUGCAGACGCUGAUAAAAAUCGCCCUGCUCGUAUGAAACGACUAGCUCAAGAAGCUGCUACACUUUCUACCUCGUUACCUCUUUCAUUUAGCUCGUCUGUUUUCGUACGUUGUGAUACCGAUAGACUGGAUGUAAUGAAAGUAUUAAUUAUUGGCCCCGCCGAAACGCCUUACGCGAACGGCUGCUUCGAAUUCGACGUGUAUUUCCCGCCAGAUUACCCAAAUUCCCCAAUGUUGAUAAAUUUACAGACAACUGGUAGACAUUCGGUUCGAUUUAAUCCGAAUUUGUACAAUGACGGUAAAGUUUGUCUGAGUGUACUCAAUACCUGGUCCGGUAGGCCGGAAGAAAAAUGGAACCCUCAAGCGUCUAGUUUCUUGCAAGUUUUAGUAUCAAUACAAUCGCUCAUUUUGGUCCCUGAACCCUACUUCAAUGAGCCCGGAUAUGAAACAUCUAGAGGUUCGACAAUGGCGAGUCAAAGCUCAAAGACUUAUAAUUCGAAUAUCAUGUCAGCCACCGUUCAGUGGGCUAUGCUUGACCAGAUACGAAAUCCAUCGCCGUGUUUCAAAGACAUUAUUCACGCUCAUUUCUGGCUGAAGCAAAACGAAAUUCGUGAACAGGUGGCGAAAUGGUCUAAGGAAGUUGCUGAUGGCACUUCUAUGAGGGCUAAUCUUCAACAACUCUCUAGAGAGCUCAGUAAUCUAAACAGACCCGCUGGAGUUGGCGAAGAUGAAGGACCUCCGGCUAUCUUAUUGGAACCAGAUCCGGUCCCCGAACCAAUACCGAGCACCAGCAAUAAUUAUGCCGAUGCUGGCCCCGGCCAUUUGGACUUGGACUCGUUGUUCGAUAUGCUACAGCCAUCAACUUCCUCGGGCUUUUCAUCGACUAUUCCUUCAAAUUUCUUCGCCGCACCUGUCACGCCUUCUCCUCAACAAUUUAUGCCGAUGUCCUUCACCACCCAACCAACUACCAACCUUCUCCAAUCGUCGAUUUACAAACCGUCGCUUCCAACUUCAAAUAGCUGGCUUGGUGCUGGUACCAAACCAUCGGCUUCGCCGAACGUUGCCCAAAUACCACCGUUUCCCUCGUUGAAUUCGUACAACUGGCUUGGUGGCAAUGGCAUUCAAUCAACUACGAAUCUGCUUCAAACUUCGACCUAUGCUCCCUCGUCAACUUCGCAAGCGUGGCUUGGCACCAAUCAACAAACUGGAAACGUUCAGCAACCUCAGAAUUUUACUACUUCGUCGACUUUGGUUGGCUGGCCUUCUAGCACGCAAACGAAUACGAACGCGAAUCCUGCCCAAAAUGCGAAUUUUACGCCUUCGUCGAGUACGCAAGGUUGGCCUGGUAAUUCUUUCAAUUUCGACUUCGAUCAUCUUUGACUGAUCGCUGUCUCUCUCUUUCAUUAUUUCUAUGUCUCAUCGGUGCUCAUAUUUCGUUGCAAUAUCUCUUUUUAUGCCGUUUCGUUUUUUAUAUUGUUUACCUUUUUUUCUCCUGGUCGAGGAAUGGUAAAAUUACGAUUUUAAACUGUGACUUUUUUUUUUUUUUUUGUAGUUUUCAAUACGCGUUUUGAUUAACGUCGUUAUUAUCAUUUACAUUCUUAUAAUAAGGGUAUUAUUAGAGUGUUCGUAAGGUCAAUACAGCUGAUUUUGAACGAGUUUUGACGUCGUUAGCAAUAAUUCUUAUAAAAAUAAAAACCUGGAUUCGAUUACCGGAUGCUGUUCACGAUUAAAUUCUUACUGCUGUUUUUUUUCUUGAAAAAAAAACCAAUCAUUUUAAGUACGUAAUUGGAGAAAUUCACGCCGCAUGCUCCAUAAGCUAAAUACCGAGUUACCCAUACCUAUCUUGUUCACAAGUGGCUGAAUUGACCUUAUUCGUUAUCGAAGUACAAAUAUUUAUUUAUAUUUAUUUUUUUUAGUAAUCGUUUUUUUUCUCGUAUAAUCUACAUAUUAGUGGAUUCUUUACUGUAUUUUUGAUAGUAUUGAAUCAUCAUUUUUUACGAUUACUGAAUUGUUAAAAUGGGGUAAGCGUUCCUUUUUUUAAGUCUAUAAUUUUAUGAACUAAGUUUAACUACGGUUUACCUGUUGAAGUCAGCAUUAUUUUACGACAAGAUCAGGUCUUUUUCUGGUAAAGAGGCUGAAUUGACGUGAUUUUUUUUUUUUUUAUUAGUAGUAAUUUCAAUUUGAGAAGUUUUUCGAGAGCUUAUUUUGCUCAGCCAGACCAUUAUUUAUAUUUGGAUCUCAGGUUGGUUAAUUUUUUAUAGUGAUAUUCGUACAAGCAUCGGGUAAACCUGACCUAUCGCAAGCAGGAUUUCAUACCGUUUAUUUUUCAGAUUAUAGAUCGUUUUAAUGAUUGUUUAUUUCUAAUCAUGUGAGAUAGGAUUGUUCAUACUAAUCAUACUUGUAAUAUUGCAUUACCUGCUGUAGACUUUCGCUUAUUUGACAUUUAGGACAACUUUUCUGUUUAUUUUUGUGUUGUGUAGUGAAAAAAUGUGUUUUUUUUUUAAAAACGAGGGUUUGAAAGUUGAACUGAAUUUUCUGUAAAUUUUUUUGGAUUAUUUUACACUAAUCACCGUAUUACUCAAAUUUUCAAUCGCCAGUUCACGCAAGUUGUUCAUUACAUACGUCGUAUAAGUGAAAAUCUACGGCCUACCUAACUAUACAUUGUAUUUAUUUUUUUUUUACUUUAUUUUAUGCCAACAUCAAAGGCCCGCCUGAUUCUAAAAAUACCUCAUUAAUAUAUAAACUGGUUGCUAGUUUCCAUCAUUUAAAAGAGCAAUGGUUCUGAAAAUUUCAAAAAAAAAAAAAAAAAAAAAUGAAAUAAAUUAUAGGAUAAAGGGUUAACAGUGUAAAAGUAAAAUAAGGCGAAAAGUAUUCAAUUUUGUCGGAAAAUCAAAUAUUUAUUUGUAAGCUUUUUUGAGCACUUUUCAAGAAUUUUAAACCGGAAAUAGUCAGUUUUCCGAGUAAAUAAUACGAUACAUUAUUUUUAAAAGCAAUCUUUCCAGUUGCAAUUUUUUAAAAAUUCAGUAAAAAAUUUUUGAUAGGAAUUUCUGUUUUUUCCCUUGGAAAUUGUUACUCAGUUGUAUUAGUUGUAUAGCACUCCUUGAAGAAUUCCGAAAAUCGUGACUCAAGUUUGCACUAAAAAUUCUUCAAAACUUCAAAAGUGCUCCAAAAAAGUCUUAAUUGAAAGUUUUGAUUUUGUGCCGAAAUUUUAAUCUAUUUGAAUAUUCCUUCAAAAAUCUUGAAAAUUACCUAUAACCCAAUCUUUUGGCUCAAAAUUCUUCCUCAUCACUCAAGAAUUAAUAUUUUUGUCUGAAUGUUUGAAUUUCUCGUAAAAAUUUAAUCCAUUUUAAUCGAUCACAUGACACUUUUUCAAAAAUCCUGAUAAUCAUAAUUCACAUUAUUAUUGGGCUUAAAGUUCUUUUAAACUGCUCGAAAAACAUUUUUGUUGAAAUAUUAAAAUUUUUCGCAAAAUUUUUCAACAGAUUUUGAUGGGUUCGCAAGAUGACUUUUUGAAUAUGUAAUUCUACUGGUCAAUGGUCAUUAUCUUCAUACCUAGUUCCUUUCAAUUUCAAAUAAGUGCAAUUUUACGAAGAUGUUUUUCUCGUUGGAUAAUUUUUCUGGAAUCCUUGCUCCAGGUGACAGUUUCUGUUUCAGUUUUUGAUGGAUGUUUGUUUACCAGUAAACUAAGUUGAAUAUAUUUGAUUAGCUGCGAUCUUGAAAUCGUUUUUAAUUUUCGUAACUGGUUUUAAUGUAUUCUGCGAAAUCAGCGAAUAGAAAUAUGGCAGACCUUUGAUGAGUUGAUGACCUACGAGUAUGCAGUAUGCAUCCUUUAUUUUCAUACUUCUUAAAGGAGAAUAAAGACAAUAUUUCAAAAUAAAUUUAAUCCAAUCCACGUCUCAUCUGAGAAAAUGAAAAUGUAAAUCACUCUACUAAUCAUUUAUGAUUUAAAUAUUUUUCAAUAUUCGCAAACUUAUUCGUAUUCAUGUUGGCUGCAAUCUAUGUAUUUUACGAGUAACUUACCGACUUUAAAUCUUUUUUUUCUACAUAUUAUUUAUUUUAAUUAUCGUGGUAUUUAUUUAAUCAUCGUAACAUGUGUAAAAUGUACGUACACUUCUAAACUUUACGGUACAUUAGGCGAUGUUUUCAAGUGGCAUGUGUUCAUUUUUAUAAAAUUAUAAUCUAAGCGAAAGUUUUUAAGUGUUAAAAAUUAAAUACGUACCUACGAUCUUUGUA